AUGGAACAUAUGAAGCCUAUGGGUCCGUUAAAAAUGGACGGAAAUGUGGCAGAAAACUGGAGGAAAUGGAGACAACGCUGGAAUCUUUACGCGAAAGCCAGUGGAGCCAACGAAAAAGACGAAGAGAUUCAGUGUGCAAUUUUCCUUCAUACAAUCGGAGAAGAAGCAUUGGAAAUCUAUGAUACUUUCACCUUUACUGAAACUGAACAAGAUAAGAUCGAGCCGCUCAUUCAGAAAUUUGAGAGCUACUGUACACCAAGGAAAAACACGACAUACGAGCGAUAUAUAUUUAAUGCGUGUGUACAAAACGGAAGAAAACUCGAUGCAUUUAUACUUGACCUUCGCAACAAAGCAAAGACCUGUGAAUUUGAAUCACUACAGGACAGCUUAAUUAAAGAUAGAAUCGUUUGCGGAAUCGACAGCAACAGCAUCAGAGAGCGUUUGCUCCGAGACAACGACCUCACGUUAGAAAAGGCGAUAAGCAUCGUUAGAGCCGCAGAAACAAGCAAAACCCAAGUACAAAAGUUAAAUAAUCCUUCGCUCGAAGUAGAAUCAAUUCACAAGAAUUUUGAAAGAACCUCUCGCAGUAAAUACCAGAGGGAAGAAACGAAACCAAGUAGAAAUGUCAGCAAAACACAGCCUUGUUCGCGAUGUGGCUCAAAUCAUGCACCAAAACAAUGCCCAGCGUUUGGACAAACAUGUCGCAAGUGUCACGGAAAUAAUCAUUUCGCCAAAAUGUGCCGCUCGAAAAACCUCAACACUCAAAUGUCAGAAACACGCGUACACGAAGUUCGAAAAGAAGAAACUACCGAUAAUUCUAGUGCGGAGGAAGACGAAUUGUUUAUCGGAGAAAUUACGACAACAACGGCCAAAAAUGUAUUAAUUACUAACCUCAAGGUUAACGGCAAAAAUGUAAAUUUCAAAAUAGACAUUGGCGCUCAGUGCAAUGUGCUACCCGAGGAAAUUUUCGACGGAAUUAAGCAGAAACCACAGCUCAUCGCCACUGGGACAAAACUAACAGCAUAUGGAGGAGCGCAGGUUCCGGUGAAAGGAAAAUGCGUUUUAGAAAUCGAGCAAACUGCAGACCGGAAAACGGAAGUCGAGUUCUUUGUUGUCAAGGCUCCCAAUGCCAAAGCACUGAUUGGGUUACAAACAUGUCAGAAUCUUGAAUUAAUUAGCAUAAAUCAAAUCAGUGAAAUCCAGGAAAAGAAAGCAGACAUCAUCGAGGACUACAAAGAUGUAUUCACUGGUUUGGGUCUCGUCGAAGGAGAAUAUCACAUCGGGUUACAAGAAAAUGCCAAAGCAACGAUUCAACCACCGCGAAAAGUACCAUUAAGUCUGAUACCAAAACUGAAAGAAACACUUGAUAAUCUUACGAAAUCAGGAGUUAUCAGCAAAUUGGAUCGACCGACCGAUUGGGUUAAUAGUCUCGUAAUCGUAGAAAAGAAAGAUGGAUCACUGAGACUGUGUUUAGACCCGAAAGAUCUUAAUAACUGA